CCAAAAUCACAAGAACCUAAGAGAUCACGUGUGUGGUUAUUGAAAAUGUUUUUGAAAGCAACAAUUUUGGCGUUUCUGCUGGUCGGUCUGGCCGCCGCCGCCGCCUAUGAAAGAAAACCAUACCCGCCUUGCGAUAAGUGUGACUGCGUAGGGAUUGGGUGCAAGGGAAGAUUCCCGGCGGAGGCGGCGGUGGAGUGGCCGGACUUGGUCGGAGUUGAUGAAACAAUUGCGAGGGUGACCAUUGAGCAGACGAAUUCGUAUGUGACGGUGGUGACGAUUAAUGAUUACGAAAAGUGCCCGUAUAUGGGGGAUCGGUGUUGCAAUCGGGUCGUCCUUUGUGUUCAAUAUCACCCCACAAAUAAUGUGACCAAUGUCCCAAUGGUCGGAUAGAAUUGAACAACAAAUUAUAUUCAUAUUCAGAAGGCACAUUUUUGUUUUACAAUUUUAAUACGUAUUAAUAACCAUAUCGACAAUGAAUUCUUUGUGGUGUAUCAGAAAAUAUAAUAAAGGAGCUUAGUUUAAAUAUCU